GAAUAUCAGUAGAAAAUAUGGAGGCAGUGAGUGUGACAACUUUUUGGAGAUUUACUAUAAAGAGGAGCAAAGAAAUGGGGUCAGAGCUGGAAGGGGAGGUGGAGUCAAGAGGAGUUUCAUUUGUUUUCAAAUGAGAGAUGACUCUGUGUGAGCUGACAGGAAUGAUCCAGUGCAGAGGGGGAAGCUGAAGGUGCAGCAGAGAGAGCGGAGAACUGUGAGACGGACUCUGGCGGCCGGAGAUGGGCGCCCGGCCUUCGCGGCGGCGGCUGCCCGCGGACCCGCCCAUAGCCUUGGACGCGCUGCCGCCGGAACUGCUCGUGCAGGUGCUGAGCCACGUGCCACCGCGCGCGUUAGUGACGCGCUGCCGCCCAGUGUGCCGCGCCUGGCGCGACGUGGUGGACGGGCCCACCGUGUGGCUGCUGCAGCUGGCCCGCGACCGCAGCGCGGAGGGCCGCGCACUCUACGCGGUGGCCCAGCGCUGCCCGCCCAACAGCGAGGACGAGGAGGAGUUCCCGCUCCGCGCCCUGGCGCGCUACUGCCUGCGAGCGCCCCUCGGCCGCAACCUCAUCUUCAACUCCUGCGGAGAGCAGGGCUUCAGAGGCUGGGAGGUGGAGCACGGCGGGAAUGGCUGGGCUGUGGAAAAGAACCUAAUACUGGUGCCGGGCGCUCCUUCCCAGACCUGCUUCGUGACUUCUUUCGAUAACCUCAUAGUUUUAUCUUUUACAUUUAGAUCUUUAAUCCACCUUGAAUGUGAUGUUCGCUUCCCAUUGGCUGACCCAACAGGAAGUAGAGGAUGGUGCUUCAAGAGGCAGCUUGUGGACUUGGUGAUGGAGGGUGUGUGGCAGGAGCUGCUCGACAGCUCCCAGAUCGAGAUCUGUGUGGCCGACUGGUGGGGUGCCCGGGAGAACUGCGGCUGCAUCUACCGGCUCCGGGUCCGCCUCCUGGACAUGUAUGAAAACGAAGUGGUCAAGUUCUCGGCAUCACCCAGCCCGGUCCUUCAGUGGACUGAAAGAGGCUGCCGACAGUGUCACAGUCUAGACUCUCAGCUUCUCCAGGAUAGGAUCUUUUGGCUGCUUUCUUCACGGCUAUACCCCCAGCGCCUGGAGCAGGGCCAGGUUUCCCACGUCUUUACCAACUUCGGCAAGGGCAUCCGCUACGUGUCUUUUGAGCAGUAUGGAAGAGACACACGUUCCUGGGUGGGGCACUAUGGUGCCCUCGUGACCCACUCCAGCGUGAGGGUCAGGAUCCGCCUGUCCUAGCUAACCAGCCUGAUCCAGCCUUCCGGGACAGACUGCCAUCUGCCAGACACCGUCAUCAAUCAAGGUCGGCUUUGCAGCCAGGAGCCGGAGGAUGCCCGGGGACAGUGGGGUUCCCGUGUAGCCUGUUCCCGGAAUGUUUCCAGUGAACCCCACUUGCUGCUGCUUCAGUGUGGUGGCCCCCAUGCUAUUCGAGAAACCAGGGAUCCAACCAGGCUGGUCACUUGCUUCCCCAGCUUCCCAGGGGGAGUGUCAAAGAGUUAACUCAGAGACCUGUAUUUUACUUGCAAAUUUUUUUCUCACAUGUGUGGAUAUCAGUUGACAGACUGAGUCAAAAAACAAAGGCCAAACCAGGAUUUCAAAUAGAGGAAAGCUGCUGACAAUCUUGGCCAAGGACUCUUGUCAGCAUGUUUUGGGGGCAAGGUGAUUGCUGACAGGGAGCAGAGGUCCUUGAGGGGACCAACAGCACCCUCAAAGGGAACUCUUCCUGUUGUUUUGGGGAGUCUCUGGGAUUCAGCAGUGGGGCCCGUGCAACCUCCUCCAGCACCGCGCCCAUCAGCACGUCCCCUCUGGGCCAGACUGGUGCCAUUUCUUUCAGAAUUUCUGAGGCCAGUUCUGCGCUGACCCCCAAACUGUACCCUCCACCCCCACCUCCUGCCCCUGCCUCAGGGGCAGCUCGCCUCCUGUCAGGCGACAGCCUCCUUUUCUCCACACUUGAGCCCGCUUGGAGAUGGACCCCAGGAGCAAGGCAUGCUGUGAAGGAAAGCUCUCCUUUCCCCAGCUGAGCGCAGCCAACAAGCUCGCUCAAUAAAAUCGGUGCUAAGCAUGA